AGAAUCAAGUCUGGGGGGUGGAGAAAUGAACUUUAACGAAAAAAGAUGACUGAUCAAGUACCCAAUUCUUUGCCACUGGUGCCAUUAUGUGACAAGGUGUUGUUACCAUCUAUUGUUACCAAGAUUGUAUUGGAAGGAACUGAAGCCAAAUCUUUGAUAAGGAAAAUGGAAAACAAUGAUCAUCGUUUUAUCUUAUGCGUACCCUUCAAGAACUCAACUAGUCUUCAUAAUGAUCUUUUUCAUAUGGGUUGUGUCGCCAAUGUACUUGAUGUGGAUACCAACGUACCUUAUCAUACUGUAUUACUUGUUCAAGGUCUUUGUCGUGCUCAAGUACAAGAUAUCCAUGGUCAAGAUUUGGAAAAUACUUUAUUGGAUGUCACGGUAAAACCUAUCUGGGUGAUGAUGAAUAACGAUAUCAACAUGACAUCAUGGACAAAAACUAUUCGUCAACUAUGUGAUGAUUUUAUUAGCAAGAUGCAAAUGAUUGGUGUUGCCUCCUCUGUACUUGCUCCCUUCCAAACAAGAUUAGCUCAACUCACUGAAUAUCAAACUAAUGGUUCUUCUUCUCUCAUUGAUAUGGCCCAUUUUUUGCUCUGUAUGACUGAUGCUUCCUUCCAUGAAAAACUGACGGUACUGGGAUUGACUGAUACAAAUACUAUUUUACAAGAAAUUCAAACCACUGUCACUCGACAUAUACAGACACUUUCUGAAUUCAAACAAAUACAACAACUGAAUGAAGAAAAAUUGGAUCGAAAACGGAGGGAGUUCUAUUUAAGGCAACAGGUUCAUGUGAUGUCUGCGCCUGGUAUGACCUCCGAGGUGUCACUUUCCAAUCUUUCUCUUUUGACGGCAUCCUCUCCUUAUUCAUCCGCAAAACCGACCAAAUCGCCAUCGUCAUCAACAUUAGGUAUUUACCAGCAAGAAGAAGAUGAUGGAUGUUUAUUUAUGCCAACACAAGGUGAUGAUGAUGAUUUAACUGAUUUGAAAAAUCAACUCAAUAAGGCUGGACUUCCUACACAUAUUCAAACCACUAUCAAACGUGAUGUUCAACGAUUAGCAAAAAUCCCAAAUGCUUCUCCUGAAUCCAUCCUUAUUCGAACUUAUCUGGAAUGGAUAGCAGAUUUACCCUGGAAAAAACCUUUUAACUCAGCUUCUCAAAAUGUGGUAGAGAUCCUCGCUGCGAAGAAACAACUGGACGUUGAUCAUUUUGGCCUAGAACAAGUCAAACGUCGUAUCUUGGAAUAUCUUUCGGUUCUCAAAGUCAAAAAAGAUACAACAUCACCUAUCCUUUGUUUUGUUGGACCGCCUGGCGUGGGAAAGACGACUCUAGGGAUUUCGAUUGCAAAAGCGCUGCAAAGAAAUUUCCAUCGUAUUGCAUUAGGUGGUGUACGUGAUGAAGCAGAAAUUCGUGGUCAUCGUCGAACUUAUGUUGGUGCUUUACCUGGUCUGAUUAUCAAUGGAUUACGAAAAUGUGGUGUCAACAAUCCUCUCUUCUUAUUAGAUGAAAUUGACAAACUAGUUCAAGGUACUCAUCAAGGUGAUCCAGCUGCUGCCCUUUUAGAAGUACUAGAUCCUGCUCAAAAUCAUGCAUUUACAGAUCAUUUCUUGAAUGUACCUUUUGAUUUAUCAAAUGUAUUAUUUAUUGCCACUGCCAAUUCUAUGGAUUCUAUUCCUGGACCAUUGUUGGAUCGAAUGGAAGUCAUUCAACUAGAUGGAUAUACUAUGGAUGAAAAGUUGGAUAUUGCACGCUCGUAUUUGGUUCCAAAACAAUUGAAUGCUCAUGGUUUUACAUUCUCACAAGAAACUGAUGGGAAAACAAUGGAAAACAAUGGGGUGAUACUGUCAGAUCAAGUUUUAUCGCAUCUUAUUGAAAAUUAUACUUUGGAAAGUGGUGUUCGUUCUUUGGAUCGUGUGAUUGCAAGUGUCUGUCGAUAUAAAUGCCGCGAAUAUGCUGAUUAUUUGGAAUCUAUUCAUCAUUCAUCUGCUUCUUAUGAUCCUGUGGUUCGAAAUAAAGAUCUUUCUAUCAUUUUGGGUAUGGCGCCUUAUGGAAAUGAACAUCUUUCAGAUGCUGUAGAUACACCAGGAAUUGUCACAGGUUUGGCAUAUUCUCAAAGUGGUUGUGGUGGCAUUUUACCAAUUGAAGCUAAUCAAAUGCCAGGUCAUGGUCAACUCAAACUGACAGGAUCAUUGGGUGAUGUGAUCAAGGAAUCAGCUCAAUUGGCUGUUUCUUGGGUGAAGGCUAAUGCUUAUACUUUGAAUCUAACAGCAACUCAAAAGCAAAUCUUACUACCUGAUAUGGAUUUGCAUCUUCAUAUUCCAAAUGGUGCUGUUCCUAAGGAUGGUCCCAGUGCAGGGAUAGCUAUGACAGUUUGUAUUGUAUCAUUAUUAUCUGGUAAGGCGGUACCAAGGACAACAGCCAUGACAGGUGAAAUCACUUUACGAGGACAAGUACGACCAGUAGGAGGUAUCAAGGAAAAAGUGUUAUCUGCUCAUCGUGCGGGUGUGACCAAAGUGAUUCUUCCAGCUACCAACGAACGUGAUGUUGUGCAAGAUAUUCCAGAUAAAGUGAAGAAGGAUAUGACCAUUGUUUAUUGCCGUUCUAUAUGGGAAGUCUUGGAUGCUGCUUUUGAUGAAAAAUUAGUACAAGAUAAUCGCUUUUUGUAUUGUCAAUCACAUAGUGCUAGUCGUUUAUAGUUCAUAUUACUAAUAAAAGAUACCAAUUUCC